AUGGCGGCAAACAGAGGAUUGGGAGGCCUCCCAAGGGCACAAACCUGUCCCCAAACUACCACAAUCAACACAUGUUGCCCACCUGGGCUGAGAGCCAAGAAGGUUUUCACCCGCAAGUACCGGCCACGCAAGCGGACGGCUACGAGAGGCAAAUGGAGUCCCAUGUCGACAUCAAGCAGUGCCCACCGCACCACCCCUAACGGGAAGACUCCGGACCUCACAGGAGGCCAGGUUCGUGGCCCCAGGGUACCAGCUCCCACAUGA